AUAUAAAGCUUAGCUUCGUUCAGCACAGACUGCUCUAGGGUUUCGGCGGGCUUAAGGAAGUGAAAAUGGCUCCGAAGAAAGGCGCUAGACCUCCGGCGGCGGUUGCACCGAAGAAGACGGAGAAGGUGGUGAACCCUCUCUUCGAGAAGCGGCCAAAGCAGUUCGGGAUCGGAGGGGCAUUGCCGCCGAAGAGGGAUCUCUCCAGAUUCGUCAAAUGGCCGCAAGUCGUUAACAUUCAGAGGAAGAGGAGGAUCCUCAAGCAGCGUUUGAAGGUCCCUCCAGCUAUCAACCAGUUCUCUAAGACCCUCGACAAGAACCUAGCGACAAACCUCUUCAAGGUGCUCCUCAAAUACAGGCCCGAGGAUAAGGCGGCCAAGAAGGAACGACUUCUUAAGAGGGCACAGGCUGAGAGUGAGGGAAAGGUUCCUGAACUGAAGAAGCCCAUUGUUGUCAAGUAUGGGCUCAAGCAUGUCACCUACCUUAUUGAGCAGAAUAAAGCUCAAUUGGUAGUUAUUGCCCAUGAUGUGGAUCCUAUUGAGCUGGUUGUCUGGCUUCCAGCUUUGUGCAGGAAAAUGGAAAUUCCUUAUUGUAUUGUAAAGGGAAAAGCAAGAUUGGGUGCUAUUGUCCACAAGAAGACUGCAUCAGUUUUAUGUCUGACCUCAGUGAAGAACGAGGACAAGAUGGAAUUCUCCAAGAUUUUGGAAGCAAUUAAGGCCAACUUCAAUGAUAAGUUUGAAGAGAACCGCAAGAAGUGGGGAGGUGGAAUCAUGGGCUCAAAAUCACAAGCCAAGACAAAGGCAAAGGAGAAGCUUCUUCAGAAGGAAGCUGCUCAGAGAUUGACCUGAGUAUAAUAUUCUCUUUUAGUGUUUUUAUGAAGUCGAAGUUUUGCUGUUAUUCAGACACACUGAAACCCAACCAUCUUUUCUUUCCCUUGUCUAAGCAGUGCUAUAUUUUGUUGUUGUUCCAUUGUCCUCUAAAUUAUGCAUACCAAGUAUAUUGACUUGCUCAUGUUUGUGCUUAUUUUGUCUUGCUUAGGAUUUACUGCUCAUCUUCUGUGUUACCUUUGUGCCUGG